AUGGCGUCCGACGUCUUCUACAAUCGUGUCCCCUACACACAGCGUCGUGCUGCACCACAUGACCUCCUCGCAUCCUCUUCUAGCCAUGCUUCGACCUCCUCACUCCCAACUUCCGUCGGUACAUCACGCUCAGCCGGCACCCUCACUUUCCCACCACUCCACCUCGAUCCCACAUACCCCGCCGACGCCAACCCUGCAGCAAAUGCACCCGCCUUUGUGCUCGGCUCAACGUUCUACCACCACCCCUCCCUCAAUGCGCUUGUAUCACACCACCUCGUCGAUGCCUCCGCCACAACCGCCUCUGCUCCUCAAAUAACGCUGCUCAACACCAACCGGGACGAUGAUGACUCGGAAGCCGACGAGCACGAUGCCGCCGCAUCAGGUGUGCCUCGGCCCAAGAUCACCUCGGAAUUCGUCUCGCUCAACGAGGACCUCGUACCCGCAAGCCUUGAUAUGCAAGGAGACAUGCUGCCCGCGGACGUACACCCAAGCUACCCUUUCGGUAACCUCUUCGGCCCACUCGGAGGAGCGAUCGCCGCUGAUAGCGCCAUUGUCGGCGGCACCCACACAGUCGGUUCUUCACUAGGCGAUUCCACCGCGGGCCUCGACUUCGGCGGCGGUCUCGAAGGGUUCAUCCGUCUCGGCUCGUCGAGUCACGGUCGUCGCAGUGCAGUGAGCAACAGCGGCAACGCGUUCAUCAACAAAGCCUCCCGCUCCAAACUCGUCGGUUCGAGCUCCACCGGUGCGCAAGACGCACAAACGGCGGCUGCUGCAAAGAAACUCGAUCUCUCCCCGAGUUUGCUCUUCCGCACCAAUACCGCCACAGUGCUUGCCCCGCCAGAAUGGCCAUUUCGCCGCCACGGGCCGGGCAACACGUCGUACGCAGCGCUGCUGCGGCCCAGCUCCAACGUCUUUGGUAGCGGCCCGGCGAGUCAGGCGCUCGCAGCGACGUUAGGGGGCCUGCCGGCAAGCGCCAAGAUUCUCAAAGAGGUAUGGUCGGAUCUGGCUUUGGAAGAGCUAGUUCCGACCGAUGUAGGGGAUACUUCCGCGGUGCGGCAUCUCGAUCCUGCCUCUCCCGAAGCCGACACGGUGGAAGGCGAGAAGAGGGGCCAGAAGCGCGCGCGAACAGAUCCGGAGACGGACGCGCACUUUGCCAAACGAAUUGCAAGCAUCGAGGCGGACCCGCUGGACUUGCUUGGACCUGUUUCGCGCGAGAUCAGAGGUCAAGCGAGCCAACCCUGGGGAACCGCCACUCGACAGCAGGCGAGGGAGUCUCGUCCCCGCAGGAGACGGCGCGCCUACUCAGCCCAGUCGGAUGAUAGCGCCGUGGAAGCAGAACACGAGCCGGACAUCUUUGCACAGCGCGAUCUGGUGCGCUACUCGUUCGCGCUGCCACCCGCCAAAUUCGGCUGGACCGAGUCGCCUGAUGACACCGAGGCGGAGGGGGAAGGGACGACACACGUGAAGGAAGAUGGGAUCGGAUGGUCGACCGCCAAGCGCGUAUUUGUGGGUGAGGAGCGGGACAGACUGCUGCCCGAGGUGGCGUCUAGAGGAACAGGGGCGGGAGUCGAAGCAUAUAAGGUGAGUGGGUGGAGGGCUAAUGCGGGUGUGCUGCCAAGAGGAGCGUGGAGGUGGGGAAAUGGGAUGGCGGAAGAGGCGGGGGAAGAGAGCUUUGUCACGGAAGGCGAGGCGUCCACGUCGCGCGGAACCGAUCGGCCUCCGCCGCAACAGGAACGCGAGGUGUCCGAUUCAGAGGGAGGGUAUGCCGACGAAGGAGAAUGGGGACAGGGCGCAGAGGAUGAGGAGUUGCAACGUGCGCUGCUGCUGCAGUACCAGCGUGAGAGGGCGGACGGCCAGGCAGAGCGUGCGUCAGAAGGACUGGACGAAGAUGAAGACGUCGUGCACGAGGACGAGGCUCAGGUCGAGCACGACCUCGAUGGGCAAUACACAGAGGAAGAGGAUGUGGUGGUGGACGAUGAUGAGGAUGUAGAAUCAUUUGGAGAAGACGAAGACACAGCCUAA